AUGGAGCGUGAAAAUGCUGUGGUGAUGCCUGCACCGGUUGAACCAGCAACCAAGUCUGACGACUCGGACAAUGCCCCUCUUGCCACUCUGAGAAAACGCCACUCUGGAAAACAAAAGAAGAAAAGGAAGAUUUCUGAUGACCUCUCUGGUCCUUCAAAGAAAAGAAAGAAGGUAGUGAUUGCCAAGAUGAAACUGAAGCAAAAGAAGUCAAAAUCUCGAAAAAGGAAAGCUACACUUCCCCCAGUCUCGGCUGAACAAGCAAUGGACGUUACACAUUUCGACGAUGGAGCAGAGUUGUUCGAAUACGAUAUCUUAGCCAAUCGGAAAUUUGUUCCUGAGGCUCGGUUUACCGAUCCCCUACACAAAGAUGUUGGCUUCCUCGCUUUCUUGAGGAUGAAAGGAUUGCGACGUUGGGCAGUUUCUCUCAAAUCCUAUUGCCCGAAGCUUGUCCGAGAGUUCUAUGCCAAUCUCACACGAGACGUACUGGAAGAGGAAAGUCCUUGGUUCCACAGGGCAUAUGUACGGGGAAAGAUGAUUGAACUCAGUCCUCAAGUGAUCAACAAGUUACUACAUCUUCCGUCUGAUAAUCCUGAAGUGUUUCCGUCUGCAUUGAUCAAAGAAUCCAGAAGAGAAGUGGCACUUCGACUAUCUGCAUGGAAAUCAGAUGACUUUGGACGAGCUGGCCUGGCUGCAACUGAACUGACUAUGAAAUAUCAGUGUCUGUUUCGAUUCUGUGCAAUGAAUGUUUUUCCCACCAGUAAUGGGACUAACAUUGGAUAUGAGAUGGGUAAGUUACUUCUCUGCAUUGACAAACUUUGUGCUGACAUCAAUUUCGGCUUUGUUGUAAUCUCCAGAAUGAUGAAGUAUGCCCGUGGCAAAUCAUUUGACAAAACGAACCUCCCAUAUCCGGCCCUCAUUACACUGUUACUGAAGCAGAAUGGGAUCCUUCCUGAUCCCACUGAAGAUUCAAUUCAAACAACAUUUUUCAAGCCUAGGUCGAACUUGCACAAGCUUUUCAACGAUUUUAAGGAACCUCUCCCAGCCGAUCCGUCCGGCCAGCUCUUGGAAGCCCGAAGGUUACUUCUUGAAGUUUUGCAGGAACAAGCUUCUAUUCACUCCACCUUAGCUGAACAUAGGAAGAAAAUCAUUCGUGCUCUGCAUCUUCAUCCUCGGUUUGCCUCCGGUCCGGAUGAGGAGGAGGAAAUCCCUGACUUCCUAUAA